AUAAUUAUCCGAUGUCAUAUGACUUUCGUUUCAUUUUAUUGCAAUCAUGGCUUCACUCCACAUCUCUUUUUUGUUCCUAUGUUUUAAUUCUGUUGUUUUCUCUUUACCUGUGGGUCGAGACUCCAUAUGUGGUUAUAAGUCAUGUCCAGCAACAAAACCAUCAAUGCUAAACGUCCAUCUGGUUCCUCACACACAUGAUGAUGUAGGAUGGCUGAAGACUGUGGAUCAGUACUUCUAUGGAGACCGAAACUACAUCCAGCAUGCAGGGGUUCAGUAUAUUCUGGACUCUGUGGUCGACCAGCUACAGAAAGAUCCGGCUCGACGCUUCAUAUACGUUGAGAUCGCCUUCUUUUACCGCUGGUGGAAGCAACAGGACCAGAAGACACGCCGAAUCGUAACCCAGCUGGUAAAUGAGGGUCGUCUUGAGUUUAUAAAUGGCGGAUGGUGUAUGAGCGAUGAGGCCACUACACACUACAGCGCUGUUAUAGAUCAAAUGACUCUUGGUUUGCGGUUUCUGAACGAUACGUUCGGGGAGUGUGGACGUCCCCGUGUGGCCUGGCACAUCGACCCUUUUGGACAUGCUCGAGAGCACGCCUCCAUCUUUGCUCAGAUGGGCUAUGAUGGUUUUUUCUUCGGCCGCUUGGACUACCAGGACAAAGGUCGCAGAAUGAGAACCAAAGAAAUGGAGAUGCUUUGGAGGGCCAGUGAGAGCUUGAAGCCUCCUGUUGCUGACCUCUUCACAGGUGUCCUUCCCAAUGGCUAUAAUCCACCUUCUGGUUUCUGCUGGGACCAGUCAUGUGAUGAUGCUCCCAUUAGAGAUGACCCAGACCUUGAAGACUACAACGUAGACGAAAUCGUACAAAGCUUUCUAAGUGUCUCCCUUAAUCAGGCUAACUAUUAUAAGACAAACCACAUCAUCAUGACCAUGGGUUCAGAUUUCCAGUAUGAGAAUGCCAAUCUCUGGUAUAAGAACAUGGAUAAGCUGAUCAAGUAUGUUAAUGCUUUACAAGCUAACGGGAGUAAAGUGAACGUGCUUUAUUCAACCCCGUCCUGCUACCUUCAGGAGCUCAAUCAAGCCAACCUCACCUGGCCUCUGAAGACCGAUGACUUUUUCCCGUAUGCUGAUGCUGCUCAUGACUUCUGGACGGGUUACUUUACUAGCCGCCCUGCACUGAAAUUAUACGAGCGAAUGAGCAACAGCCGACUACAGACCUGCAACCAGCUAGAGGUGCUCGGAGGGCCCAAAUCCAGAUCGGGUCCUUUUGGUGAAGGAGACAGCGAUACUAUGAAGAGAGCGAUGGGUGUGGCCCAACAUCAUGAUGCUGUGUCUGGUACGGAGAAACAGCAUGUGGCAAAUGACUAUGCCAAGAGACUAGCCAUAGGCUGGGCACAUUGUGAGGUGUUGGUUCGUAAUUCUCUGGCUGUACUUAGUGGUUCUGAGGCGCCACGUGUGUUCUGCGAGAACCUCAACAUCAGUGUCUGUCCACUCACAGAAAACAGCAAUAAGUUCUCUAUGAAUGUCUACAAUCCUCUGGCAAGGGCUGUUAGCUGGCCUGUUCGUUUGCCUGUUAAUGGUUCCCAGUACAGUGUUACUGAUGCUAAUGGCAAAGCAGUGGACAGCCAGGUGGUCCCACUUUCCAGAUCCACACAGGAAGUGAGACGAGACCGAGGUUAUGCUAAAGGUGAGCUGGUAUUUCAGGUUGAAGCUCCUCCUCUGGGAUAUACUACGUACGUUAUCUCCUUGCUAAAGGACAAGUCUCCAAAAGCCAAGGCCAAACCGAGAGCCCCUCCAUCUAUUCAAAAUAAGUUCCUGAAGGUGACCUUUGAUAACAACACUGGUCUGUUAAAGAGCCUGACCAACUUGGAAACUCAGCAGACCAUUCAACUCUCUCAGAACUUUUACUGGUACAAUGCAAGUGCUGGAAAUAGCUAUGAUAGUAUCCAGCCAUCAGGAGCUUAUAUCUUCAGACCAAACUCAUCAACACCCUUCAUCAUCAACAAAACUGCAGAAAUAGAGAUUGUUACGAUAUCCGGCGUAGUACAGGAGGUGACCCAAGUGUUCAGUCCAUGGGUGUCUCAGGUAAUCCGGUUGUACGAGGGCCGUAAGGAACUAGAGCUGGAGUGGACCGUAGGACCUGUGCCCAUCAAGGAUGGCUUGGGAAAAGAGGUGAUCACACGUUUUGACACAGACAUCAUGUCCUCCGGCUAUUUCUACACUGAUUCUAAUGGCAGAGAGGUUCUGGAGCGACGGAAAGAUUAUCGACCCACAUGGGAUUUAAAGCAGUCUGAGCCGAUCGCUGGAAACUACUAUCCAAUAAACUCUCGUGCCUACAUCAAGGAUGCCAAGCAGCAGCUGACAGUGGUAACAGAUCGAUCACAGGGAGUCAGCAGCAUCUAUAAUGGCUCAUUGGAAAUCAUGCUGCACAGGAGACUUCUAUAUGAUGAUGUUAGGGGGGUGGGUGAGCCUCUUUCUGAACCGGGAGACUUUUACGAUGGCUUGGUUGUGCGUGGUCGUCUGCUGUUGACCCUCACAUCCCCGGAUCUGGCCGCAGAUGCCCACAGACCCCUUGCUCAGGGCAUGGUGUUCCAACCCCUCCUCUCGUUUCAGAAUGGCACACCUUCUGCCAACACCAAACUGGAGUUCUCUGGGCUUCAAGCUGCUCUGCCCCCUGCUGUUCACCUGCUGACAGUGACUCAGUGGGACAAAGACUCCAUUCUGAUCAGGUUGGAACAUCAGUACGAGGCCAAAGAUAGCAAAACACACUCACAGCCUGUUACUGUCAACCUACAGAAGCUGUUUUCCACCUUGAAGGUGCUCGGGGCGUCUGAGAUGAGUCUCGGGGCAAACCAAUGGAAGGAGGAUGUAACACGUCUGCCAUGGAAUACUGGAACAAAUGUGAAACCUCUUCCUGUCAGCAAUAAAGACUCAUCACCAUGGGAAGUGACAUUAAACCCAAUGGAGAUCCGCACUUUCCUAUUACGGGUGCAGCUAGACCUGACAAGCCAAUGAUGAUUGUAAUAACCAAUCAGAGUGAAGCAUUGUAUUAUCCAAUUCAAAGUCUACACAAAACGUAUGCCUUUUUGACAGCAUUCCGGUCGCAUAAUCUUUUAAUUACAUUUUUAUAAGACACAAUGAGUGAUCUCAUAUUGUGCCAAUUUAUUUGUACAAUAUUUUUGAUUCUCGUAGGUUUUUUAAUACAACUGUGCCUUUCAUAUGAAAAUGACAACUUUUCAUGAAUUGAGUUGUAGAAUAAAUGAAUUAUCAGGCAAUAAAUUGUUUUUCAAAAAUG